GCUUUUAUUUUAUUUAUUUGGCGAGUUUUUUGGCAACAAUUAUUUGCAAGCAUAUACAACAAUCCAUCUCCAGAAACACACACGAAUGGAUUCAAGGAAUAUAGAUAAAUCUUCGGACAAGAAAUUUCCAGUAUCUUUGGAGUUUUUCAAAAAACACAUACAAUAUGAGGAGUUAGUGGAUGCUAUUUUAAAAGAUGCCAGUAGAGGCGAUGAUGAGAAAUUUAAAGAGUCGUUAACAUGUGAAAGAAAGCGCGAGAAUUGUAUUAAGAAUUAUUAUACAUAUUUCUACACGAAACCUCGUAUACGGGAACGAUGGCCUUUUAAACUGAAACCCAUGCCAAAGGGUAUUAAAGCGAAACUCCUGGAAAUACCGGAAUACGCAAAAAAACAAAAAAAGAAGGAAAAAAACCAUGCAGAUCACCGAAAUCAAAACAAUGAAGAUUUGCAAUUUCCUAAGCUACUAUCAAGUUUCGGCCCCACGGUCGCGGCACCAUUGGAGGUUGAAGGUCUUAAACUACCUUCUGACGAAAUAUGCAAAGAUGAUGAUUUAAAUAAGAAUAUAAUUUAUCAACCAAAUUGUGAUCAAGAUAUUCGAGUUGAAGAAGAAGAAUUUUGGAAUCAAAAUAGCAAUCAAAGGGUACCUCCUGAAAAUGUUUAUGCGCAUAAUUCUAGUGAAAAUAUAAAUUCUGCAGAAAAUAUAAUGGAAAUUGAUAAUAGAAUGGAUACCGACAAUAACCUCGGAUGCAAUGUAGAACCAUCGGACAAUGGAAGAAAAGAAGCCGUACACAUAUUGGAAAAUCUCAUUUUGGUACCAGCCAUUCCAAAUAGCGCUUCUUCAUUGGCCAAUAAUAUCAAAAAGAAAAAUGAUUAUGAAGAAAUAUUAAUUCGGGAGCAAAGCAACCUGGAAAUAACAAAAGAUAAACAGAAUGAGAUCACGGCUUCAACGAUAUAUUUCAGUGGCAUUUUUAACGACGAAUUCUUAUUGAAUUAUAUUAGUCGGAAAUGCCAUGACACGACUAAACAACAACACAUUUUAAAAUUAAUCAAGGAAAAAUUUCCCCAUCUUACCGAUUCAAAUAUGAUUAACCUAUCCAAAUCUAUAGAAAUAUCGGAAGAAAGUUUCGCUGAAUCAAAGAGAAAUUCCGCGAUAGACGAAGCUAAAAUUCUAUUAUUUUGUAACGUGCAUAAGACGCACACUUUAUCAUAUGUUUUGCGCACUCGGCACGGUUUAAAGUACGAAAUUGUUGAAAACUUACUUAGCGUUACAUUAGAAGAAUUUCAAAGUCUGGUACAUAUCUACGAAGCUGAUGAGUUAAAAUGCGAUUCUAAAUUAAUGGACAGACUGUAUCAUUAUGUAACCACAAAUAUGAAAGUGUGGCCUAUUAAUUUAUUUAUAAAGCUCGAAGAUUUAUUCAACUUCUUGAAACACAAACACAUUAAUUUCCAUGCAAUUAACCAAAAUGUUCUAUUGGAACACAUUUCUCCAAAAUUUUUUCACUGGUCUGACUUACAAAAUACAACCAAUUUUUUUGAUUGCGUUCGUGCGGAUUAUUUGAGGCGUUAUGCUGUGAAAUUGGAUGUGACUAAUGCAGUAGCAAUGGAAGCUGCGAGCAAAGAUUAUUAUAAUCGAUGUUGGAAGUACGACGAGUGGAUACAUCAAAUACCAGUGAUAAAACAAGAACUAAUAGAGUAUCUACAGCUUUCAAAGGAAAUGACUGAGUCUGAUGUAGGCGAUGCUCCAUCUAAAUAUACAGGACUAGCCCAACAUUUUUCUGAUUUUCUUAUAGCACCGAAUAAUCAACACCAAAUUAAUAUGUCCCCUCAUGAGUUAAUAAUCAGUGAAAGUCUUGUAGAUGAAUCAUCUUUUCAAAGUCAGCAAGAUCCUAUCAAUAACUCUAUAGAAGAAAGUGCAGACAGAACUCCUAUCAGUUUGGGCGUAAUUAUACCGGCGACGGAGACUAAAAUAAAAUCUGAACCUUUUGAAAUGUUAAAAAAUCUCCAAUUUUAUAUUGACGGGGAUGAUGAUGAUCUGAUACAUUGUACCGUAAUGAACAGCGAGCCGAUCUUGUUAGAUGAGACCGAAAUCGAUUUAAACUGUAGUCCAGUUGAUUUGGAAAAUAAAGGACAUUCGAGGGUUUUAUCACUUACUCCUGCGACGACAUGUGAAAGUCUUUCGUUAAGCCAGACUUUACCUUACCUUUCACAUAAAAAUGAAUGCGAUGAAAUUGCAAAUACGCCAUCAUUUAUAUUGCCUGAUGAUCCCCCUUUGGAAAUUUCUAGAGGUGGCACAAAUGAUAUUCAAGUAGUCGAAAGUGAAUCAGAUAACAAUCCGGAAUAUUCGUGCACCCAAAAUACUAUAGAAGAUGAUGAGGCAAUUACAUCACAAAUAAGACAAGAGAAACAACGCAAAAUAACGGAUUUUGUGAAUACAAACACACGCCAAGUUCAGCAUAAAGUGUUUGUUUCUAACAUGCACGAUUAUAUAGAAUUACGACAUACUGGCGAGCGCCAACCAGCUGUGGCGGACAAUUGUACUGCAGAAGGGCACCAGUCAACAGACAUCCGGAAACCGUUAGAAACACAGGAUGCGCAGGCAGUUUUCCCAUCCAGCAAGAUGCACAUAGCAAGAAAAACAAUUGCACAUAAAAAUCCAAUAAAACCGACAAUUUUCGUACCCCAAUUAAGACAUAAAUUUCCGUCUUUAGUUACGGUGAGAUGUGCAACUAAUUUCCAAGCUCCUCCGAACUUGACAGCCAUUAGUAAAAAUACAACCAGCUGCGACAGAGGUAAUGCGAUGUUCACGUCAAACACGAGGCAACCACCAAAUCAGGUAAUAGUUGGUAAUAAUAAUAGCACAAAAUCCGGUAUCACAAACAGUUCAAAUAGUUCCGUAUCACUUUCCAGUCGUCUUAUGCCAAUACAACUCGUGUCGAAAACCAUGUUGUAUCGCACUUUGUGUCAAAUUGAUUAUUUUCAAAGCAUCAGUUCUCGUGACAUUGCCCAGUAUGAACUGCCAACAAUUGUCGUUGACUCCACCUAUUUACAAGCCGUCAUAACUUGUGAUGGAAUAAAAAUGCGCUUGUGCAACAAAUCUUUAUCCGCUUUAUUUCCGCAAUGGACACCUUCUCUCAAACAAGAUCUCUUUAUCGUUUUGAGAGAUCUAACGGAAUACCAUUACUCUCUGUUCGAUUUUUCAAAAGACAAAUUUUGUGCAGACAUUCGUACACGUGUGCUACAUUAUUUGUUUAGAACUGCAUCGCCAUUUUCCCUUGGAAAUCUAUCCUACGAGUUAAGCAAUCCGGAGUUCGGUUAUUGUUAUCCUAUUACAAACAACAACAAUAGAUCCUACAAACGGAGACCGCAUGCUACUCUUACUGAAGCCUUAAAACCGUCUAUAGUUGCGAAAAUUAUCGAGUUUAAAAGGAAUUUGUAAAUCGGUUUUUAAUUGUUAUUGAUUUAUACAUGCAACUACGUUUUUCUAACUCGUUAUUCGACUGAAAUGCGCAUCAAUAAAAAUUAAC